AUGCCUCCCUCUUCCUCUUCUUCUCGUGGCCUCGCAGCCCGUCUCUCCGCGCCAAACACUAGUCGCAAUAACAGAAGAAGAGGCUCUACGACUGGAAAGGGUCAGCCGUCCCAUGGUCAAGGAAGAGGCACAGGGAAGGGAAAAGCCAAAGCACAGCCCAUCCUUCCUCAGCUUGAUGGUCCCAUCUAUGAUGAAGCAUGUCUUCAGCAACUACGAUCAAGAGUGGAACAGGCAAGAUCACCCCUGAAGCAGGCACUGGUCGACAAUCCCAAGUCCCCAGUUGCCAACUUCUGGAAGGAGAGCUUCAGCGGUUCUCCCGUUUAUGCGCUCGAGGAGGGCAUACAUACCGAAACAGGUCGUCGGAUAUGGAGGUGUGUCUUGAUAUCCGCUUUUACUUGCUUUCUGUCUCAUGCUCUAUUCAGAGCAACAUUGGCCAUAAACUCGGAUCCAGUCGUAACUGCACACGGGGACCACAGCGACAAGAAAAGCGCAGAGAAACUUUGCGCUAUGUUUGCCCUUUAUCAACUUCAUGAGUUUGGUCUGGUUAGAAAGCCAAAGUCUGACCCACCGCCUACGCAGGCACUCGCUCAGCAUGUUGUCCUAUCCGAUGGAACCCAAGUUGACUUUGAGCGGUGUCGGAGCUUUAUGGAUUACUACUGUCGCCGCUAUGAUUUCGGGAAACCUGAUAUCGACUUUGAAGAACAGCGUAACAAGCGCUCUAACUCAUCCUGGCAUGCAACAAUGACGGUUGGUGGGAGACGAAUAGGUAUGGGCUCGGGAUCGUCGAAAAAGGAUGCACAAAACCAGUGCUACCUGGACGUCACACAGUAUCUGGAAAGCUGUGAUGCAACAUUGUGGAAAGACUUCAUUGUGGCAUCCAAGACGGGUAGAGACCUCGGUUUAGCGCCCAGAGUUCACUUCCAAAUGUCCCCGCCACUCAAUGAUGAGAUUCGUGAUCUAUGUAAUGACAUCAAGAAAAGCGAACUCUACAGAAACCGGCCAAGCAUCGGUUCAGGUCUAACUGGAUCCGAUGCCCCGCGCACAGUUCCAGAACGACCCCCUCACCAAGUCCGUGCCUCCCGCGCCCCACCUUCUCAAGCUUACUUGGAGCGAAAAUCGGCAACACUGUCAGAACGUCGCAAGGAGUAUUUGCAAAGUCCUUCACUAGCCCGGAUGCGAGAAACCCGCCAAACGCUGCCCAUUUAUACUCGGGGAGAGGACAUUUUGGAUCAUAUUCGUGCAAAUGACAUCACCAUCUGCAUGGCAGCUACUGGUUCCGGCAAAACCACCCAGAUUCCCCAGAUGAUCUUGGACGAAUAUAUCGACCAAGGGAAGGGGGCUAACUGUAACGUCAUCUGUACUCAGCCCCGACGGAUAGCUGCUAUCAGCGUUGCAGACCGGGUGGCGAAGGAGCGAGGAGAAGUGGUAGGCUCAGGCUCCAUUGGCUACAGCGUUCGCUUCGAGUCGAAGGUGCCAGAAGAUCAUGGCUCAGUACUCUUCUGCACUACCGGUGUACUGCUGAAAAAGCUUCAAUCUGCUUUGGCCGAAGGGGGUGAAGCAGCGGCUAGAAUGGACCAGGUCACACACAUAGUCGUCGAUGAAGUGCACGAACGUGACGUGGAUACCGACCUGCUGCUGGUUGUCCUGAAACAACUGAUGGCCGACCGGAAAGCCAGGAAUGUCCCCCUCAGAGUUGUCCUUAUGAGUGCAACUAUUGACCCUCGACUCUUCCAAGAGUACUUCCCCGACCAAAGAGGGAAGCCUGCCAAUGUUAUCGAAAUUCCAGGUCGCACGUUCCCCGUUCAGAAGCACUUUUUGAACGAUUUCACGCCUGCAUUGAAAGGGAAGCCAGAGGCGCAAUGGGUUUUCAAAGACGAAUCAGUGGUUAAAUUCCUCGACAGAGAGAAAGCCUAUGAACUGGCUGCUGGUCAGUCGCAAAUGCCAGUUCCUGUCGAUGACGACUCCGACCUUCCUCACCCACUCAUCGGCCUCACUAUCACCCAUGCUCUCAGUUCAUCCGACUCCGGUCACGUCCUGGUGUUUCUUCCUGGAUGGGACGAUAUCGUGGCGGUGCAGCGCGUCCUGCAGGAAGGAAGACUCGGGAUUAACGUGAACGACUCAUCACAAUAUAGCUUACAUCUCUUGCAUUCAACCGUCCCGCUUACAGAACAGCAAAUCAUUUUUGAACCCCCUGCGCCAGGUGUCCGCCGCAUAAUCCUCGCUACAAACAUCGCUGAGACAUCUGUAACUAUACCAGAUGUCGUCCAUGUUGUGGACGUUGCCAAGGUGAAAGAGGUCCGGUACGACCCUGACAAGCAUAUGUCUUCAUUGGUUCUAGGCUGGGUGGGCUCAUCCAAUCUGAAUCAACGAGCUGGACGUGCUGGUCGUCACCGACCUGGCGAAUACUAUGGUCUGCUCACGGUCACUCGGGCUAGCAACUUACAUCCUCAUCAAACCGUUGAGAUGAAGAGAGUUGAUCUGAGCAACGUAGUGAUGCACGUCAAGGCCUUGAACUUCCCUGGCAUGGAAGUCGAAGAAGUUUUGGCCGCAGCCAUUGAACCACCUGAUUCUACCCGAGUUGCGGCAGCAAUGACAUCCCUACAGAUGGUUGGCGCUUUGGAUCCUCACAAAAACUUGACGGCUUUGGGUCGCGUGCUUUUGCAAUUGCCUGUGGACGUACAGAUGGGACGGCUUGUGCUCUAUGGCAGCUUUUUCCGUUGUUUAGAUCAAGCGCUUACUUUGGCUGCGGUUCUCACGAACCGUGACCCGUUCGUGGCACCAAUGCAUCUAAAAGCAGAGGCCAAUGCGGCCAAGAUGAAGUGGGUUCCCGAAGAAUUUCCAUCGGACCCUCUGGCGGUCAUGAAUGCAUAUAAUGCUUGGUGGCAAAAGCAAAGGAAGGGAGAAUAUGUUUCAGCAAAUCGCUUUUGCACUGAGAACUUCUUGUCCAAACCUACUCUUCUCCUGAUCACGAAGAUCCGUGGCUCUCUUCUGCAGUCUUUGCACCAGGCGGGCGUCAUUGAUGUUUCGGCGGGUGGCCACGAGGGCGGUAGAUAUGGCGGAUCGAGGAGAGGACGAGACGAGCUACAGGUCCCCUCAGAGCUCAAUUCGAACGGAGACUCUCUUCCUCUUUUAGCUGCUCUUAUUGCCAUAGCGUCCCAGCCCAAGUUCGCCGUCAAGACGGGAGAUAGAACCUUCCGGACACAGCUAGAAAAGGUUGCCCUCAUACACCCUACCAGUGUUAACGGCAGAAGGAAGCUGUCGCGUCCCCUGAUGGAAGACUUCGGCAACACGGAGCAGAGGCAACUUUAUGCCUUUGCUGAGAAAAGACGGAAUCUUUCCACUGGUGGCAACAAUCCGCAGACAUUUAUGUCGACGACGACGCGUCUUGACCCUUUGUCAUAUAUGCUCUUUGGAGCUUACGAGAUCAAGGACACUGACCGGGGGGUCGAGUGCGAUGGCUGGUUGCCUCUCGUUGGCGACAUUUAUGCUCUUGAUGACGUCCAAAGGCUCAAAACGCUCAUGGAGUCUUGUAUGCUCCGUGUUUUUGAAGGUAUUGUCCUUGGCAAACGCUCACCUAGAGAGCUCGUCCAGCGAGGCUACGGAGAGGAUGAGUAUGGUGAUGACGACGAGGCCAGGAAGGCGACGGCGCUUAAUGGGCACGAAAUCCGGGAAUUGGACUUAAUCACCCGGGAUAUUGUCAGGGUCUUGAACCGGUACAGUGAGGAGCGCGGAGUAUCGUCACGCGCAAGUUCCCGCCCAGCGACGCCACCUACUUGGGCUUCGACCCUCUCAUCUGGCCGUUUGUCCAAUGUCGGUUGGCGGUCUGGCUACUCUACACCCGGCGUUAACUCGAGGUCGAGUACCCCUGGACUUCCGUCGUGGCGACGAUUCUGA